CGAAAUUUCGUGCAUUUUGCCAUUCUGAGUCAUUAUUAUAAUCUCUCUUCAUGUUCCCUGUUUGCAUGAACUCUUUAUCUCUCUCGCUUUCACUGUGUCGCUCUGUCAGUGCAAUUGGCUUACCAUAAUUCUCUCUCUGCAAUUCGCUCUCUUUGUCUGUUUAGUUUUGUUUACCUUAUCAGUAAGCGUGCAAUACGAUACGGUUUCCGGCAAUGGCGAUUUCCGGUACGGCUGAAAGCACAGGCACCACAGGCACCACCGCCACCAUGCCUCACGGCGGUUCGGAUCUUCGAAGACGACAUAACGCCACCGCAACCACGGAAGUGUCUGAUUCAAAUUCUAAAACGACGGAUCCGGAUUCCGAUAACUCGGUGAGAGAAUCUGUCAGAGUCAGAGAUUCGAGCAGCGACGAGUCCCUGGCCCGGAAGAGCUGCGAGGACGACGGGAGUAGGAGCGAGGUUGUAAUUGAAUCGGCGAAUCCUGUGACUAAUGGAAACCACGGCGGUGAGAAGAUUGCGAACGGUGAGGAUCGGAGAACGGAUUUCGCGGCGGUGAAGCUCGGGUAUCGGCCAUCAGUUCCGGCUCACCGUAGAAUAAAGGAGAGUCCUCUUAGCUCCGACGCAAUCUUCAGACAGAGCCAUGGAGGUCUCUUUAAUCUCUGUAUAGUAGUGCUUGUUGCUGUGAACAGCAGACUAAUCAUUGAGAAUCUUAUGAAGUAUGGUUGGUUAAUUAAGACUGGUUUUUGGUUUAGUUCGAGAUCAUUGAGAGAUUGGCCCCUUCUUAUGUGUUGUCUUACACUCCCGAUAUUUCCAGCUGCUGCCUUCGUAGUGGAAAAAUUAGUACAGUGGAAGUAUAUAUCUGAACCUGUUGUUCUUUUACUUCAUUUUAUCAUUACCACGGCAGCACUUUUGUAUCCAGUUUUUGUUAUUCUAAGGUGCGAUUCUGUAGUUUUAUCAGGUGUCACCUUGAUGCUAUUUGCUUGCAUUGUAUGGUUAAAAUUGGUGUCUUAUACGCAUACAAACUAUGAUAUGAGAGCGCUGGCAAAAUCGAUUGAUAAGGGGGAUGUCCUGCCCAAUUCUCUGAAUACCGAUUAUCCUUACAGUGUUAGCUUCAAGAGUUUGGCUUACUUCAUGGUUGCUCCAACCUUAUGUUACCAGACAAGCUAUCCUCGUACGGCAUGCAUUCGAAAGAGUUGGGUGGUUCGUCAACUAGUGAAGUUGAUAAUAUUUACAGGAGUUAUGGGAUUCAUAAUAGAACAAUAUAUUAAUCCUAUUGUCAAGAAUUCCCAACAUCCCUUGAAAGGGAACCUUCUAUAUGCCAUUGAGAGGGUUUUGAAGCUUUCAGUUCCGAAUUUAUAUGUGUGGCUUUGCAUGUUCUACUGCUUUUUUCACCUCUGGUUAAAUAUACUGGCUGAACUUCUUCGAUUUGGUGAUCGUGAGUUUUACAAAGAUUGGUGGAAUGCAAAGACAGUUGAAGAGUAUUGGAGAUUGUGGAAUAUGCCUGUUCAUAAGUGGAUGGUUCGUCAUAUCUACUUUCCAUGCCUGCGAAAUGGGAUACCAAGGGGAGUUGCCAUUCUAAUUGCCUUCUUUGUGUCUGCCAUAUUCCAUGAGCUCUGCAUAGCUGUUCCAUGCCACAUAUUCAAGUUGUGGGCUUUUAUUGGAAUUAUGUGUCAGGUUCCCUUGGUUCUGAUUACCAAUUACCUGCAAAAUAAGUUCAGAAACUCUAUGGUGGGAAACAUGAUCUUCUGGUUCUUUUUCUGUAUUCUUGGUCAACCCAUGUGUGUGCUUCUAUACUACCAUGACUUGAUGAACCGUAAAGGGAAGACUGAAUAAACUAUCAUUCCCCUGUUGUCUCUCGGUGUACGGGUAAGAUUACUGCCACAUGGCAUCCUGCUGAUCUGGGUUGAGUUUUAUUUCAUUGCCAUUUGUAAUGCCCACUUCAGUUGGGGGAGGAGGGGGGGAGGGUGUGAUUUCAUCAUGAGCUAUAUACAUUUCUUGUGAUUCCUACUGGUCUAGGAGCAAUUUUGAGAGUUAAUGCAAUAGCAAUGAGUUGUGCCACAGUUGUAGUAAUGGUUUAUUAUGUUGUUCAAUUAUUAAUGCCAAAAUUGUAAAUGAUACAGAUUCAAAAUAGUCUUGGGUUUCUGCCUUUUCUCUA